AUGGACUGGAAUGAUUGUCGAGACGACAUCGAGGGGUUGGAUGCUUCAGCUGCACACAUAGCGAACCUAUUGUCGUCCGAGUCUUCUGAUGUGAAGGUUGGGAUCGGCGGCUUCAGCAUGGGUGCAGCAGCCGCCCUGCACUCAGCAGCAUGCUACGCCCACGGCAAAUUCAGCAGCGGCACCCCCUACCCGAUCACGCUCAGCGCGGUCGUCAGCUUCAGCGGCUGGCUCCCUUGCUCAAGGACGCUGAGGGGCAAGAUGGAGGGCUCACACAUGGCAGCAAGAAGAGCCGCCUCCCUGCCCAUCCUGCUCAGCCAUGGCAGAGCGGACGAGGUCGUGCCCUACAGGAACGGCGAGCGGUCGACCGAGUUCCUACACUCCUCGAUUAGCCACGACGGCGACGCUGGGCUACACGGCGGCGACGGCUGCAGAAGGAAAGGGGAAGGUGGAGGAGAGCGGGUCUUGCUCACCUAG